AUGCACAUACAUACAUCAAAUCUUUUUCUUUUACUUGGUAGUAGUUUAAUUCCUGCUGUAUUUCUUGUCUUGUCGAUCGAUCGUGCUACAGAUAAGCUGAUUGAUCUCUGUGUUUUGCAUGUUGGUUCAGCCGUCAAGCUGGCGAACCGGUGGUGGAGCGUGCCCGGUCACUUGGGCCUGCCGGAGCAGCCGUCCGGCUCGUCGGGCCCCAAGACGGAGCCCCCGGCCGUCAAAGACCCGGAGCCCAGCCCGGCAGGGGGCGCGCCGGGGGACCACGCCGAUGAGACCAACGAGUCCGGCGGCGGGGAGCCACGCGAGGGUGCCGUGGUGGCAGCGCCCAACCGGCGGCCCCGGGGGCGCCCGCCGGGCUCCAAGAACAAGCCGAAGCCGCCCAUCUUCGUGACGCGCGACAGCCCCAACGCGCUGCGCAGCCACGUGCUGGAGGUGGCGGGCGGCGCCGACGUGGCGGACGCCAUCGCGCAGUUCUCGCGCCGCCGCCAGCGCGGUGUCUGCGUGCUCAGCGGCGCCGGGACCGUCGCCAACGUGGCGCUGCGCCAGCCGUCCGCGCCCACGGCCGUGGUCGCGCUCCACGGCCGCUUCGAGAUCCUCUCUCUCACCGGCACCUUCCUGCCGGGACCCGCGCCGCCGGGGUCCACGGGGCUCACCGUGUACCUGGCCGGCGGCCAGGGGCAGGUGGUUGGCGGCAGCGUCGUCGGCACCCUCAUCGCCGCCGGGCCGGUCAUGGUGAUCGCGUCCACGUUCGCCAACGCCACCUACGAGCGCCUUCCGCUCGAAGAGGAGGAGGAAGGUCCAGCUCCACCAAUGGCGCCCGGCGGCGCCGACCCGCUCAUGGGCGGCGGCCACGGCAUCGCCGACCCGUCGGCGCUGCCGAUGUUCAACUUGCCGCCGAGCAACGGGCAGCUUGGAGGGGGCGACGGCUUCCCAACAUGGGCGCACCCGCGGCUACCGUACUGA